UCUUCUUCUUGUUCCCUUCACUUUAAGCUCUUCUUUACUCACUCACUCACUCUCUCUCUCUCUCAAACAACCAAACUCUUCAUCUCUCUCUCGAGCAAUGGCGAAGAAGAUGAGUUCUAUCAUCAUCUUCAACAUCCUCCUCCUCCUCACAACCCAAACCCACGCACACAACGUCACGCGCCUCCUAGCAAACCACCCUUCAUUCUCCUCCUUCAGCCAUUACCUAACACAAACCCACCUCGCCGACGAAAUCAACCGGAGAACAACCAUAACCGUAUGCGCCGUCGACAACGCCGCCAUGGCAGCGUUAACCUCAAAAGGCUACACAAUCUCAACUCUCAAGAACAUCCUCUCGCUUCACGUCCUUCUUGAUUACUUUGGAACCAAAAAGCUCCACCAGAUCCGUGACGGCUCUGCUCUCGCCGCUACUAUGUUCCAAGCCACCGGAGCUGCUCCUGGAACCACCGGAUUCGUUAACAUUACGGAUCUGAGAGGUGGUAAAGUCGGGUUCGGUCCUGACGGCGGAGAUCUGUCUUCUUUCUUUGUUAAAUCUAUUGAAGAGGUUCCUUACAACAUCUCUAUCAUUCAGAUCAGUAGAGUUUUACCGUCGGAGACUGCGGCGGCUCCGACUCCGGCUCCGGCGGAGAUGAACCUCCUUACUGUACAGAACGAUGGAGAGAAAGUUACGCUCAAGACAAGGAUCAACACUGUCAAGAUCGUUGAUACUCUCAUUGACGAGCAGCCUUUGGCUAUUUAUGCCACGGAUAAGGUUUUGUUGCCUAAAGAGCUUUUUAAGGCUUCGGCUGUUGAAGCUCCGGCUCCUGCUCCGGCACCAGAGGACGGAGAUGUUGCGGAUUCUCCAAAACCAGCUAAAGGUAAAGGGAAAGGGAAGAAGAAGAAGGCUGCACCGUCGCCUGAUGAGUCGGCUUUUGGUGACUCGGAUUCGCCUGCGGAAGGGCCUGAUGGAGAGGCUGAUGAUGCUACCGCUGAUGAUGCUGGUGCUGUUAGGAUCAUCGGAGGAGCUAAGGCUGGUUUAAUGGUGAGCUUGCUCUGCUUGUUUGCUUCUUCUUGGCUUCUAUAGUUCCACUUCUUGUUUCUUCUAUGUUCUUUUGUGAAUCUUUUAUUUAUGGCUUUUGGGGGAAAGUAAAUGAGGAUUAUUUAUUUCCCCCAAUUAUUGAGUUUUUUUUUUUUCUUUUUUUAAAUUUUAAAAUUUGGUUGUCGAAUUAAUUUUAGUCGGUAGCUUAUAUAUUUUGUGUGUUCUUGUUUCACGUGUUUGUUUAGUUUAUGAUGUAACGAAUGGGUCUUGGGGAAAACUUAAUACUCUUAUCUUCUGCAACUUGUGUUUUGCUUUGCUCCA